GAAAAAAGAAAGUGUUGGACCUGUUGGUUAAGCCAUAGACUUUCCAUUAAUAACUUCAAUUAACGCAGCAAUAUUGUCUUAUGCCGGCGUCGACUCCAGCCCGAGACAAAAAAAGAAAAUGUCUUCGGUGAUCGACGUGGCGGAAGAAGAAGAGCAACGCACACCUCUUCUCCACAACCACAACGCAGCAGCAUCCACUGAUGACAUCGUCCCCUCCUCCUCCUCCUCCCCAUCCAACGGCCCAGAUUCUUCCCCUCCCGCCGCUCCCGCUCCCAAUCAACGGCUCCACUCUCUCGAUGUCUUCCGCGGCCUCACCGUCGCUUUGAUGAUUUUAGUAGACGAUGCUGGAGGGGCAUUUCCGUCCAUUAAUCACUCGCCCUGGUUCGGCGUCACACUCGCAGAUUUUGUGAUGCCAUUUUUUCUCUUUGGUGUUGGUGUCUCUAUUGCUCUAGUAUUCAAGAGAAUUUCUAACAAAUCAAUUGCUACAAAGAAAGUCGUGCUAAGGACAAUCAAGCUGUUUAUCUUAGGGUUGGUUUUGCAAGGUGGGUAUUUUCAUGGGCGUAACGAUUUAACAUAUGGAGUUGAUGUGGACAAGAUACGUUGGCUAGGUGUAUUACAGAGGAUAUCAAUUGGAUAUCUGCUGGCUUCAAUGGCGGAGAUCUGGCUUGUUAACAAUGAUAUUGUUGAUUCAGCAACAGCUUUUGUGAAGAAAUACUACAUUCAGUGGAUGUUCGCUAUCUUACUGUGCUCAGUAUACAUGUGCUUACUAUAUGGCCUUUACGUUCCGAAUUGGGAAUAUGAAGAUUUAAGCAUGAAUUUGACUGGUUAUGCAUCUAGUACUCAAAUUGUUCAUUGUGAAGUGAGGGGCAGUCUUGAGCCUCCUUGUAAUGUGGUUGGCUUGAUUGAUCGAGUUAUUCUUGGUGAACAUCAUCUUUAUCAACAUCCCGUGUACAGAAGAACAAAGGAAUGCAGUAUUAAUUCUCCUGACUACGGACCUCUGCCACAAAAUGCACCUGGGUGGUGCCUUGCACCAUUUGAUCCAGAGGGCAUCUUAAGUUCAUUGAUGGCUGCUAUCACAUGUUUUGUGGGAUUGCAAUUUGGGCACAUACUAGUGCAUUUUAAGGACCAAAUGCAGAGGGUCCUUUUAUGGUCCAUGUUAUCAUUCCCUCUAUUAAUUGCAGGAUAUGUUUUGGAGUUGCUAGGUGUUCCUUUCUGCAAGCCACUGUAUACAUUGAGCUAUAUGUGCAUCACGGCAGGAGCAUCAGGCUUGUUCCUAACCAUUAUCUUUUACAUAGUUGAUAUCAAACAUUUCAGAAAGCCCACAAUGUUACUAGAAUGGAUGGGGAUGAACGCUCUCAUUGUUUAUGCUUUGGCUGCUUGUGAUCUCUUCCCAGCAGCUGUGCAGGGUUUCUAUUGGCAUUCACCUGAAAAUAACUUGGUUGAUGGCACGGAAUCGUUAUUGCGGGCCAUGAUUCAUUCAGAAAAGUGGGGUACCCUGGUGUUUGUAAUGCUUGAAAUUUUGCUUUGGAGUAUUGUUGCUGGUUUCCUCCACAUGAAAGGCAUAUAUUUAAAACUAUAAAAUAUAUAGACAUGUACAUGUUCUAUGUUGUAUGUCCCCUGUAAAUGACAAAAUUUUUGCGUGUAUAUGAUUAGCCAUCGCUGUGUGUGUACAAAUUGCUAGCCUAACUGAACCAAAUGACUUCUACUUUUAGCUGGUUAAAUGACUUGUAGCAUACUUUUAAACUAACUGUAGCAUUAAAAGAAUUAUUUGAAGCACAGCUGUACAAAGAUAAAGUGAACAAAUUGAGACUGUUCUUGGAGCUAGAGGAUGAUUUUGCGGCUGACAAGUGAAGCUUUGCCCUUAUUAAAGCAUAAAGUGGGAAAUGAGCGGACAUUUCUUUUUGCAGCACGAUGAUUGGCACCCUGAUGGUCCCCUAUGUCAGAAAUAUGGGGCUUUAGAGUAGCACAUGAUACUGCAACUGUUACUUCAGCAAAGUUGUCGAGUGCAAUUUUAAAUGGCCAAUAAAAUUGGCAUCCUUCUAGGUUAGAUGACCUCUAGUUAUGAUUUAAGGAAAGAUGGCUGAUGUUCUCAUUGUCAUUGGUGGUGAAGAUCAUGUGGAAUGGAGGGCUGCUGCCUGUUGCUAGUAAUGCAGUUUAAUUGUGAGGACUUGGACGAUGAUAACUUGAUAAGGGAUAUCGGGAUUUAAUUGGUGUGUAAGCUUGUUUGGUUUCCUAAAGUAGUGCCUAAAAAUGCUUUUGCAAGCUGGUUGGUAGUGAAGAAAAACAAGCUUACUACCAAAAAUUGGCAAAUUGGGGGUAUGCAGGGACGUAUCAUGCAGAUAGAGACUGUAAAAACAUAAGAAAUUUUAUUCAAAAUAGCAAUUUUUGUAGUUUUUGGAACA